GGUUGCCUUGGAGUUGCAAAUAUUCACGCACAUAUCCUCUUUCAUUCUCCUUGCCGGUCCCCCGUUCUACUUGCCAGGAUGUAUUCCUGGUCCUUGGCUGCGUCCUUGGUGACUCUUCUGCUCACCCAGGAGGCACGGGCGCACUUCAACCUGAACUAUCCCGAGACAAUUGGCUUUGAGGACGGGGCUCAGCAUGACGGUCCUUGUGGUGGUUUCACGCCUGACUUCUCCAAGGAUGACGUGACCGACUUCUACGUCGGAGGAGACUCUAUCGCCACUCUCACCACCCACGCCGAGGGCAACUGGCUCUACCGCAUCACGUUGGACGAGUCGGCCAGGGGUAACUGGACUCAGAUCUACCCCAUUGUGCGCCAGACCGGCCUCGGCGCCUUUUGCGAGCCCCGAGUCACCGUCCCUGAGGAGUUCAUCGGCCACACCGGCGUCCUGGGCGUCGUGUCAAACACGCCCGACGAGGUCCUCUACCAGUGUGCCUCGGUCAAGUUCGUAGAUGGUAGCAAUGACGCCCCGAAGGCUUGCAAAAAUGCCUCGGACGUAACCGCUACAUUCUCGUCCGACUCCAAACUCACUGCCAUGGUCGGCAAUGACACCAAUGAUGCUUCUACGACCCCAUCCGGAACCGCGUCGCACGACCACCCAUCCGAGACCAGCAGUGAGCCCAACGGUGCCUUGGGGAGAAGCUCUCUGACAGACUUGUCCCUGCCCUUCAGCAUCGUGGCUGUGCUGGGAUUGUGCCUCGCUUACCUACUGUAA